UCUUCUUUUGUUCAUUAUUGACUAGAGCGCCCUCUUCUCUCUUAGCUCACAUUUCUUCACUUCCACACACUUGUGCUCUCUCUUUUUUUUUCUCUCAGAUCUGAAUCCUUUACUGUUGCUUCAUCUGAGCGAGCAACAUGUACGGACGAGAUCCAUGGGGAGGUCCAUUGGAGAUCAACACUGCAGAUUCCGCCACCGACGAUGAUCGUAGUCGGAAUUUGAACGAUUUGGAUCGUGCGGCUCUUUCACGGCCACUUGAUGAGACGCAGCAGAGUUGGUUGCUUGGUCCGACGGAGCAGAAGAAGAAGAAGUAUGUUGAUCUUGGUUGUAUUAUCGUUAGUCGCAAGAUCUUUGUAUGGACUGUCGGUACUAUUGUUGCCGCCGCGUUGCUCGCCGGGUUUAUUAUCUUGAUCGUUAAAACUGUGCCGCGACAUCAUAAGAAGGAUCCGCCGCCGGAUAAUUACACGUUAGCUCUACACAAAGCUCUUAAGUUCUUCAAUGCUCAGAAAUCUGGGAGAUUGCCGAAGCAUAAUAACGUGUCAUGGAGGGGUAAUUCUGGGCUUCAAGAUGGGAGAGGUGAGACAGGAAGCUUCUACAAAGAUUUGGUGGGAGGUUAUUAUGAUGCUGGUGAUGCUAUCAAGUUCAACUUUCCCAUGGCUUAUGCUAUCACCAUGUUGAGCUGGAGUGUUAUCGAAUAUAGUGCCAAAUACGAAGCUGCUGGUGAGCUCACCCAUGUUAAGGAACUUAUCAAAUGGGGAACUGAUUACUUCCUCAAGACUUUCAAUAGUACUGCUGAUUCCAUUGAUGAUCUUGUGUCACAGGUCGGAUCAGGGAAUACUGAUGAUGGAAACACAGAUCCUAAUGACCAUUACUGUUGGAUGCGUCCUGAGGACAUGGAUUAUAAAAGGCCUGUGACUACAUGUAAUGGUGGGUGCUCGGAUCUUGCUGCAGAGAUGGCAGCUGCUCUGGCUUCAGCGUCCAUUGUAUUCAAAGACAACAAGGAAUAUUCUAAAAAGCUUGUCCAUGGUGCUAAGACGGUGUAUCAGUUUGGAAGGACUCGGAGAGGCAGAUAUAGUGCAGGCACUGCGGAAUCUAGCAAGUUCUAUAAUUCAAGCAUGUAUUGGGAUGAGUUCAUCUGGGGUGGUGCUUGGCUGUACUAUGCUACAGGAAACGUCACCUAUCUCAAUCUAAUCACCCAACCUACAAUGGCCAAGCAUGCUGGUGCCUUCUGGGGUGGCCCUUACUAUGGUGUAUUUAGCUGGGACAACAAACUUGCUGGUGCUCAGUUACUGCUGAGCCGAUUGAGGUUGUUUCUGAGUCCUGGAUAUCCAUAUGAAGAAAUUCUAAGGACCUUCCACAAUCAGACCAGUAUAGUCAUGUGCUCAUACUUGCCUUAUUUCACCAAAUUUAACAGAACCAAGGGUGGAUUACUAGAGUUGAAUCAUGGCGACCCUCAGCCACUGCAGUAUUCUGCAAACGCAGCAUUCUUAGCGACACUUUACAGUGAUUAUCUUGAUGCUGCUGAUACUCCUGGAUGGUACUGUGGACCUAAUUUCUAUUCGACUAAUGUGCUACGUGACUUUGCGAGAUCCCAGAUUGAUUACAUACUCGGUAAAAACCCUCGGAAAAUGAGUUAUCUUGUUGGUUAUGGGACAAAAUACCCAAAACAUGUGCAUCACAGAGGAGCAUCUAUUCCAAAGAACAAAGUCAAAUAUAACUGCAAAGGAGGAUGGAAAUGGAGAGACAGUAAGAAACCAAAUCCAAACACGAUUGAAGGAGCCAUGGUUGCUGGUCCUGACAAGCACGAUGGGUUCCGCGAUGUUCGUAUGAACUACAACUACACUGAACCGACCCUUGCAGGCAAUGCUGGUCUGGUCGCAGCUCUCAUAGCAUUGUCGGGUGAAGAAGAAGCCACGGGUAAGAUAGACAAAAACACAAUUUUCUCAGCUGUUCCUCCGUUGUUUCCUACUCCACCGCCUCCACCAGCACCAUGGAAACCUUGAUAAAGAUAGACUUGUGUAAUUCUGUCGCUACUGCCAAAAAAACAAAUGAAGGAGGUAAGGAUUUGGGUGUGAGACCAGAAGAUUAGAAGCUAAACACAAGUCAGCCAUAACCAACUACUAAGGAUUUCAUUUGGCUUUACUAGAUACAAACCCUGGGUGGGUCAGCUUACCACGAGCAUUGUCUUUCUUUUCUUUCUCUUUUUGGGUUGCUCUUUUGUUCUUGUGAGAUAUCAUAUAUAUCUAUGCUUUUUACUCUGUAUAUGUUUGAUACCAAACUUGUAUUCUUUGAAAAAACAAUUUAAUGAACUGUCUUAAACUUUUAACUA